GGUUACGUACGUUUCAAAAUAAGGUCGUUUUCUUAUUUUUCGUCUACACCUCUAUUGUCAGGACAUCGCUUUAUCAUCGUAUAAUAUAUGUACACGAACGUGCACGCGCCACGUACAGUCGUAUUCACGGCAUCCUGGGGUACGGAGAAAAGACGCGAGUGCUGCUGAACAUUACGCUAUUAAAUUAUGAGCAAGUUUUAGUACAAAGGGGCGUGCGACUGUAAGAAGAGUAGUGUCAACGUACAAACAUACGUGAGGCUUACUGUCGCGAGAUGAACGUCACCCUGAUUCCGUUCUUCCUAGCGGCCAACGUAGUCGUCCACAAUCCGGCAGAAUGGACGUUUGGGCAGGAAUACUUGUACGACGUGAACAUUUCUUAUGAUGUAAAACCGGAUUCCUUUGGAUCAAAGAAAAAUUAUCAAUUACUCACCACACUAAGCUGUCGCCCGAAAAUGCGGAACUAUCUACUCUACCAGUUCAAAAACGGAUCGCAUGUGAAGCGCACAUCAACGAAGGAUAGCAUCGUGGGGCUAGGAGGACGAGCAGAAGAUAUGUUUGAGAUCAAAUUUACCGAGCGCGGUGUGGAAAGCCUGAUUGUCGAUCGGACCAGCUACGGACCAGAUGUGCAGACUAUGCGAAAAAUAGCCAAUCAGUUUAACGUGAUUGAUGAUCGGAAAAAUUUGGGCAAGCGGCAGUUUAUACGGAAAGUGAGCGCUCGUUGAUGGGCAAUUGCACGACCACGUACACUAUCUCGCACGACGAAACCGAGGACGAAACGGACAUGCACGAGGAAGGAGAUACCGAUUUUGAGCUCCUGAUAUUGCCGUCGGUC